GUGAAGACUUAGUCCAAGAAUUCUCCUUUAUUCCUUUACUAAGGCGCUCAGUUUAAAAAAAGAAGCUAAAUGUUGCAGAAGUGUUGAAAAUACCGCUCAGUCAUGAGCAGCGACAGUAACUCGCUGGCACGUGAAUUCCUGACUGAUGUUAAUCGACUUUGUAAUGCGGUGGUCCAACGGGCAGAGUCCAAGGAGGAGGAGGAGGAGGAGACUCACAUGGCAGCACUUGGGCAGUAUCUUGUCCAAGGUCGUGGCUUUAUUUUGCUUACAAAGCUGAACAUUCUCAUUGAUCAGGCACUGACAUGUAGAGAAGAACUUCUUACCUUACUCUUAUCCCUCCUUCCGCUAGUAUGGAAGAUACCUGUUCAAGAAGAAAAAGCAUUAGAUUUUGAUCUACCAUUCUCAGCUGAUAUUAUCUGGACCAGAGAGACAAAUUCAAGUUCACUAAGAUAUGCUCAGGAAAAAGUACAUUUACAAGGAAAUACCCAAACUGGUCAGGUUUGUGCAAAAGCAAGUAUACCUCGAAAAAGUAGACAUCAUCGUAAAACCACCCAUCGCAAAACCACCCAUCGCUAUUCUAUAAGAGAUGAAAGAAAAUCUCAACUCUCCACCUCAGAUUCAGAAGCCGAUUCUGAUGAUAAAAGCAUAGCAAUGAUUAAGCACAGGAGAUCUAAUCUGCUGCAGUGUUUUUUGUCAUCUUCACCUAAAGAAAACCAGCUACUAGCUAGAGAGACACAGAGACCUGAUACCAUGACAUUAGAGAAUGCCAGCCAGACUAUUCCAAGACAUGAAGCAAACAGUGAAAUACUAAAUGAAUCAGCUGCCUUUUCUAUUAUUAGCAACAUGAACAACUCUCCUUUUGACUUAUGCCAUGUUUUGCUAUCCCUUUUAGAAAAAGUAUGCAAGUUUGAUAUUACUUUGAAUCACAAUUCUGCUCUGGCAGUCAGUGUAGUGCCCACAUUAACUGAAUUCUUAGCAGGCUUUGGGGACUGUUGUAGUCUUAGUGGUAAUUUGGAAAGUGAAGUAGUUUCUACAGGUUGGACAGAAGAACCCAUAGCUUUGGUUCAAAGAAUGCUCUUUAGAACUGUGUUGCAUCUUAUGUCAGUAGAUAUAAAUAGUGCAGAGACUAUGCCAGAAAGUCUUAGAAAAAACUUAAUUGAUUUACUUAGGGCAGCUUUAAAAAUCAGAGCUUGUUUGGAAAAACAAUCUGACCCUUUUGCACCAAGGCCAAAGAAAACACUACAAGAAGUUCAGGACGAUUUUGUAUUUUCAAGGUAUCGUCAUAGAGCCCUUCUUUUGCCUGAGCUUCUGGAAGGGGUUCUGCAGAUUUUGAUUUGUUGCCUUCAGAGUGCAGCUUCAAAUCCUUUUUAUUUCAGUCAAGCCAUGGACUUGGUUCAAGAAUUUAUUCAGCAUCAUGGGUUUAAAUUAUUUGAAACAGCGAUUCUUCAGAUGGAAUGGUUGGUUUCAAGAGACGAAGUUUCCAUUGGGGCUUCAGAACAUUUGAAAACAUUAAUAAAUAGUGUUAUGAAAAUAAUCAGCACUGUCAAAAAAGUGAAAUCUGAGCAACUUCAUCAGUCAGUGUGUACGAGAAAGAGGCAUAGACGAUGUGAAUAUUCUCACUUUAUGCAUCAUCAUCGAGAUCUUUCAGGCCUUCUGGUUUCUGCUUUCAAAAACCAGAUGUCCAAAAAUCCAUUUGAAGAGAUGGCAGAUGGAGAAGUUUAUUAUCCUGAACGGUGCUGUUGUAUUGCAGUAUGUGCUCACCAGUGCUUAUGUUUAUUAAAAAAAGUUUCAUUGAACACUACUUGUGUCCAGAUUCUGUCAGGUGUUAAUAAUGUUGGAAUAUGCUGUUGUAUGGAUCCCAAAUCUGUAAUCAUUCCAUUGCUUCAUGCUUUUAAAUUGCCAAAGUUAAAACAUGUUCAGCAGCACAUAUUGAACAUCCUUAACAAACUUAUUUUGGAUCAAUUAGGAGGAGGAGAGAUAUCUCAGAAGACUAAACGUGCAGCUUGUAAUAUUUGUACUUUUGACCAUGAUCAACUAACCCAAUUAGAAGAGACAAUGCAUGCACACUCAUGUAAUGCUGAUCUUGCUUCAGCUUUAUCUAGUCCAUCUUACAGAUUUCAAGGAAUACUGCCUAGUAGUGGAUCUGAAGAUCUCUUAUGGAAAUGGGAUGCUUUAGAGGCUUAUCAAAGCCUCGUUUUUGAAGAAGACAGAUUACACAAUGUGCAUAUUGCAAGUCAUGUUUGCAAUUUAAUCCAGAAAGGCAAUACAGUUGUUCAGUGGAAAUUGUAUAAUUACAUAUUUAAUCCUGUGCUCCAAAGAGGAGUUGAAUUAGCACAUCAUUCUCAACAGCUAGGUGUUACUUCAUCAUGUACUCAUGUAUGUAGCUAUCAUAGCCAAUGUUUGCCUCUGGAAGUGCUUCAGAUUUAUCUACAGACUCUGCCUAUACUGUUGAAAUCCAGGGUUAUAAGAGACUUAUUUCUAAGUUGUAAUGGAGUAAAUCAAAUGAUUGAAUUAAAUUACUUAGAUGGUAUUCGAAAUCAUUCCCUGAAAGCAUUUGAAACUCUGAUAGCCAGCCUUGGAGAGCAGCAGAAAGAUGAAAUGAUUCCAGAAACUGAUGGAAUAGACCACGAAAAGAAGGCUUCAUCUUUAGUUACUUCUUCACUUAAGCAGCAAGUAUGCUCAGAGUCUUCUCAGAGUCUUAGCAAAUUUUAUGCUGGCCUUAAAGAAAUUUGCCCGAAGAAACAGAAGACUAUUGGUCAGGAUAUUCACAUCAACAUGAUAAACCUGUUCCUCUGUGUGGCCUUUUUAUGUGUGAGUAAAGAAGCCGAAUGUGACCGGGACUCCACCAACGAUUCAGAAGAUACUUCUGGCUAUGAUAGUACAGCUAGUGAGCCUUUGAGUCGUAUGCUACCGUGUUUAUCUCCAGAGAUACUUAUUCUACCUUCUCCAGAACAUAUCCACAGGGCAGCAGACAUUUGGUCCAUGUGUCGUUGGAUCUACAUGUUGAAUUCGGUUUUUCAGAAACAGUUUCAUAGACUUGGAGGUUUCCAAGUGUGUUAUAAGUUAAUAAUUAUGAUCAUUCAAAAGCUAUCCAGGGGCAAAGAAGAGCAAAGAAAAGAGAAAGGUCCUAUACAUGUCAAUGAAAACAAAGAUUUAGAAGGAGAAUUGCAAUCUGAAAUGGCAGUGAAUGAGGAUACGUUACAUUUAAAUGUCAACGGUGACUUAAGUCUUUUAGUGUCAGAUAGUUUAGAGGAGAAUACGGAAAGUUUAGAUCAACUUGAUCCACAGGACAUUUUUUCUGAACCAUUAAGUGUAAAACAAAUCUCAACUUCUGUAGCAGCUCUUGAGGAACCCAAAGUACCUUCAAGUCAAGAACAUGAGUGUACACUUCACAGUAUAAGACUACUAGAAGCUCUUCUGACUAUUUGUCUUCAUAGUACAAAGACUAGUCAACAAAAGAUGGAAGUGGAGUUACCUAACCAGAACUUGUCUGUGGAAAAUAUAUUAUUUGAAAUACAAGACUAUCUUUCUCAGUCAAAGGUGGUUGAAACUGAGUUAGCUAAGCCUUUAUUGGAUACACUGCUUCGAGUAGCUUUGGGGAAUUAUUCAGCAGAUUUGAAUCAUUCUGAAGAGAAAAUUGAAAAGAUUCAUCAGACUGAGUCAGAGUCAGUAUCUCAGCAAGGUGAUCUCUCAGAAGAAACUGAGGAAGCCCAUGGUACUUUUAAACUUUUUGCUGAAGAAGAAGGUUAUGAAGCAGACAGUGAAAGUGAUACUGAAGAUAGUGAAAGCCCAGAUGAAGAAGACGUAAAGACUGAAACAGGAUACAUCAGUUCUUCAAGUUAUUUAAAUGAUGUGAUUGAAAACCUUGCACAAGGAGAAUUAAUAUAUCCUGAGAUUUGUAUACUGGAAUUAAAUUUGCUUUCAGCCAGUAAAGUCAAACUUGAUGUGCUUGGCCAUGUCUUUGAGAGCUUUUUGAAAAUCAUCAGGCAAAAGGAAAAAAAUGUGACUUUACUCAUGCAAAAGCAAAUUGUGAGAAAUCUCUUAGGAGGGUUCCUAAAAAUUUUUACAAAGGAUGAUUCUAGUUUACAAGCAUGCCAGAUAGUACUGAUGGAUCUCUUGGUGUCCCUGAUGAGUUCAAGAAUGUGUUCAGAAGAGCUAACCCUUCUAUUGAGAAUAUUUCUGGAGAAAUCUCCUUCUACAGAAAUUCUUCUUAAGGGUAUCCUGAAAAUUAUUGAGUCUGAUAUUAAUAUGAGUCCAUUACAAUAUCUAACUUUCCCUUUAUUUCAUGUACCAAAUUUAAGCAGCAGCUCCUUUUCACAAAAAUAUAGUAGUAUUCUCAACAAUAAGGCUAUUGGGCUGCUAAGAAGGGCAAAAUUUUCUCAAAGUAAGAAAGAAGUUGAUAGGGAGAUGUUUCCCCAUCAGCUUCUUUCAUCUUGGCAUGUAGCCCCAAUCCACUUGCCUUUGGUUGGGCAAAAUUGUUGGCCGCAUAUGUCAGAAGGAUUCAGUGUUUCAUUGUGGUUUAAUAUGGAAAGUACUCGUGAAGCAGAAAAUACCUUAGAAAAAGGAAAGAAGAUAAAGAAAAGAAAGAAAUCAUCAUUUAUACAAGAUGACAGCCUUGAUGAUGCAGAAGGGAACAAAUCAGAAAGUGUGGAAUAUGUGAAUUCUGGGGAGAAACUUGUAGAAGAAGGCUGUAUUCAUAUGAUUUCAUUAGGCUCCAAAGCAUUGAUGAUACAAGUAUGGGCUGAUUUGAGUACUGGAACUUUCAUCUUUCGCAUGUGCAUGGAUCCAAAUGAUGAUAUGAAAGCUGGAUUGCUAGCACAAGUUGAAUCACAGGAGAAUAUUUUCGUUUUGGGAAAAUGGCAACAUUUAGCAUUAACAUACUUACAACAACCUGAAGGAAAAAAGAAUAUUCAUGGGAAAUUCUCUGUGUGGGUCUCUGGUCAAAGGAAGCCUGAUGUUGCUUUGGAUUAUACACUUCCGAAGAGAACAAGUUUGUCAUCUGACAGUAAUAAAACAUUUUGCAUGAUUGGCCAUUGUUCAUCAUCCCAAGAAGAAUUUUUACGAUUGUCUGGAAGGUGGGAUUUGGGAAAUUUGCUUCUCUUCAAUGGAGCCAAGAUUGGUCCACAAGAGGCCUUUUAUCUUUAUGCUUGUGGACCAGACUACACUUUUCUAAUGCCUUGUAAAUAUGGCAAGUCAGUGAAUGAUCACUCCAAAUACAUUAAUAAAGAAAUUCUGCAGUGUGAACAAAUCAGAGAACUCUUUAUGACCCAGAAAGAUGUGGACAUUGAUCUCUUAAUUGAAGGUCUUGCUAUAGUUUAUUCAACUUGUUAUCCUGCACAGUACACAAUCUAUGAGCCAGUUAUUAGACUUAAAGGGCAAGUAAAAGCUGUACAGUCUCAAAGACCAUUCAGUUUAAAAGAGGCUCAGAGCUCCUCGUUGGAACCUCAUCAUUUAAAGUGUCUCCAGCCCACUGAAUACAAAUCUCUUCAGGGAAUUCUGCAUGAGAUUGGUGGGACAGGUGCAUUUGUCUUUCUCUUUGCUCGGGUUGUUGAUAUCAGUAGCUGUGAGGAAACUCAAGCUUUAGCACUACAAGUUAUACUUUCGUUAACAAAAUACAACCGGCAAAGAAUGCAAGAGAUAGGGAAUUGUAAUGGACUUUCCAUGAUCCAUCAGGUGUUGAUCAAACAAAAAUGUAUUGUUGGCUUUCACAUUUUGAAGACCCUUCUUGAAGGUUGUUGUGGUGAAGAAAUUCUCAGCAUAAAUGAGAAUGGGCAGUUUAAGCUGGAUGUAGAAUCCACUGCAAUAAUCCAAGAUGUUAAGUUAUUAGAAGAACUGCUACUUGAUUGGAAGAUAUGGUCUAAAGCAGAGCAAGGUGUUUGGGAAACUCUCUUGGCAGCACUUGAAGUCCUUAUUAGAGCAAAUCAUCACCUACAGAUGUUUAAUAUCAAGCAGUUAUUGAAAGCUCGAGUGGUUCAUCACUUUCUACUAACUUGUCAGGUUUUACAGGAACACAAAGAGGGGCACCUGACAUCCAUGCCUAGGGAAGUUUGUAGCUCGUUUGUGAAAAUAAUUGAAGAAGUUCUUGGUUCACCCCCAGAUCUGGAAUUAUUGACACUUAUUUUCAACUUCCUCUUAGCUGUUCACCCCCCUACCAAUACUUAUGUUUGUCACAAUCCUACCAACUUCUACUUUUCCUUGCAUAUAGAUGGCAAAAUAUUUCAGGAGAAAGUACAAUCAAUCAUGUACCUGAGGCAUUCCAGCAGUGGAGGAAAGAGUAUUACUAGUCCUGGAUUUACAGCUAUAAGUCCAUCUGGUUUUACUGCUUCAUUCUCUGAAGGAAGCGGUUCUCCGAACAUUAUUCCACAGCAGAAUAUAAUUCAGAUGCUACGCUCUAAAAGUGUACCAACGUCACCUGCUUCUUCACCACUAGUACAGCCACGUAAGCUGUCAGGAAGUUUGGGCUGGAGUGUCGACAAUUUACACAAUAUUCCAGAUGACACUUCUUCUACCCAACCAGAGAAAGUUAAAUCCAGGGAGAAUGCGGAAAUAUCAAAAAAAGUCUAUGAGGAAAUAUUCAUCAGUAGUUGUGAAUCAGCAAAAACCACGUGUGAAUCAGAAGAAUCACCUUCCCCACAAAUUUUUGUCAAUGAUGUUCCAAAACCAGAGUCAGAAGAAUACCCAUCUAUUGUAUUGGAUAACAAAGAUCCAAAUGCAGAUCUGAGAUUUGAUGGUGAAAGUCCUGGAGAUGAGUUCUCCUUACGCCGCCCUGAUAACCUAAAGGGGCUUUCUUCAUUUCAGAGAAGCCAUAGUACUAUUGCAAGUUUAGGCUUAGCUUUUCCUUCUCAGAAUGGAUCUUCAGCUGUUGCACGAUGGCCAAGUCUUGCUGACAAGAACAUUGUUCCUGAAGAUUGGGAAAACUUUACCUUUACUCCAGGUUAUGAACAAACUUAUAAGCAAACUACAAGUACUGAUAGUUCAACUGAGGACUGCCUGGUCCUUAUAUGUUGUGGAUUAUAUGACCUCUUACGUGGAGUUCUUCUGAUCCUGCCUGAUAUCAUGCUUGAGCAUGUGAUGGACAAACUUAUCCAAGCAGACACACUUAUAGUUCUACUCAACCACCCAUCACCUCCUAUACAACAAGGAGUUAUUAAACUUCUGGCUGCAUAUUUUAGUAGAGCAUCUAAGGAACAGAAAGAUAAAUUCUUGAAGAACCGUGGCUUUGCCUUGCUAGCCAAUCAAUUAUAUCUUCAUCAGGGAACUCAGAAACUUUUGGAAUGCUUCAUGGAAAUGUUCUUUGGCCGUCCCAUUAUCCUUGAUGAGGAAUUUGAUUUUGAAGAAGUGAAAAACAUGGAACUCUUUCAGAAAUGGUGUAUCAUUCCAGUCCUUGGACUAAUAGAGACCUCUCUCUGUGACAACAUACUCUUACACAAUUCUCUUUUUCUUCUUCUUCAAAUUUUAAAUUCUUGUUCUAAAGUGGCGGAUAUGUUGCUGGAUAAUGGCCUGUUAUAUGUAUUAUGUAAUACCAUUGCUGCCUUAAAUGGACUAGAAACAAACAUUCCUUUGAAUGACUACAAAUUACUUGUUUGUGAAAUACAACAACUUCUGGUAGCUGUUACAAUUCAUGCUUGCAGUUCUUCAGGUUCACAAUACUUUAGGGUCAUUGAAGAUCUUAUUGUACUGCUUGGAUAUGUUCAAAGCAGCAAAAACAAACGGACGCGAAAUAUGGCCAUUGCACUACAAUUCAGAGUUCUUCAGGCAGCUAUUGAAUUUAUAAGGACGACUGCAAACCAGGAUACUCAAAACAUGACAAAUUCAUUCCAGUUUCCUUCUAUUCCUCAUCAUGCAAUAUUUCAAAAGCGAAAAAGUAUUGCUGGUCCCCGAAAAUCUUCUCUUCUUCAGUCUGAAUCUCUUCUGAUGAAAAUGCGUUCAGUAGCAAGUGAUGAGCUCAAUAUGAUGAUGCAACGGAGAAUGAGCCAAGAAAAUCCUAUUCGGGCCUCUGAAAUGGAGCUCACCCAGAGACUGCAGAGGCUUACUGUGUUGGCAGUUAACAGGCUCAUUUAUCAAGAAUUUAGUCCAGAUUUUAUUGAUAUUCUGAGUACACCAGGGACCACAACUCAAGGCAGAACCUCAAAUUCUGAGGCUGGAAUUUCUGAAGAGGAAAGUCAACAUGAACACCUUUCCAAUUUGAACCCAUUUCAGAAAGAAAUGUUAAUGACUAUGGUAGAAGGAAUGAGAAUAGCACUUGGCUCAAGUAGAACCAAUGCUUCCAGACAACAGUGGAAUAAGAUUCUGUUGUCUUGUAAAGAAACCUUCCGCAUGCAGCUUGGGAGACUCUUGGUACAUAUAUUAUCACCAACCCGCCCUCCCCAAGAGAGGAAGCAAGCUUUUGAAAUAAUGCAUCAACCAAAUCAUCAGGAAAUACUUCGAGACUGCCUCAGCCCUUCUUUACAACAUGGAGCCAAGUUAGUCCUUUAUUUAAAUGAAUUUUUGCAUAAUCACCAAGAAGAAUUGACUGAAGAAGAACUAGCCACAGCAAGAUUAUUCAUGAAUAUUUUAAAAUUAUGUGGUCAUAAAUGCACUCUUCCCAGUCUACCAACAAAAUCAGACUUCCUAAAAGUAAUUACAGAGGAGUUAAGGAAGUAUGAGAUUGAGGAUUCUGUGAAUAAAGCUGCCUGGCAAAAAACAGUCAAUAAUAAUCAACAAAGUCUCUUUCAGCGCCUGGAUAUGAAAUCAAAGGAUAUUUCUAAAAUAGCUGCAGAUAUCACCCAGGCAGUGUCACUUUCUCAGGGAAUUGAAAGAAAGAAGGUGAUUCAGCAUAUCAGGGGAAUGUAUAAAGUAGACUUGAGUUCCAGUAGACGCUGGCAAGAACUUGUUCAACAGCUUACACAUGACAGAGCACUCUGGUAUGAUCCCAUGUCUUAUCCAACUUCUUGGCAAUUGGAUCCAACAGAAGGUCCAAAUAGAGAGAGACGCCGUUUACAGAGGUGUUAUUUAACCAUUCCAAAUAAAUACCUUCUUAAAGAUAGGCAAAAAUCAGAAGAAGUCAUUAAACCUCCCCUUUCUUACUUAUUUGAAGAUAAAACACAUUCUUCUUUCUCUUCUACUGUAAAAGAUAAAGCAGCAAGUGAAUCUAUAAGAGUGAAUCGAAGAUGUAUCAGUGUUGCACCGUCUAGAGAGACAGCCGGUGAACUACUAUUAGGUAAAUGUGGAAUGUAUUUUGUGGAAGACAAUGCUUCUGAUACAGCUGAAAGUUCGAGUCUUCAGGGAGAAACAGAACCAGCUUCAUUUUCUUGGACAUAUGAAGAAAUUAAAGAAGUUCAUAAGCGUUGGUGGCAGUUGAGAGACAAUGCUGUGGAAAUAUUUUUAACAAAUGGCAGAACUCUGCUGUUAGCUUUUGAUAAUACCAAGGUUCGUGAUGAUGUAUACCACAAUAUACUUACAAACAACCUCCCUAAUCUUUUGGAAUAUGGGAACAUCUCGGCUUUGACAAACCUAUGGUACACAGGACAAAUUACUAACUUUGAAUAUUUGACACACCUAAACAAACAUGCUGGCCGAUCCUUCAACGACCUCAUGCAGUAUCCAGUUUUUCCAUUCAUACUUUCUGACUAUAUCAGUGAAACACUUGACCUAAAUGAGCCUUCUGUAUACAGAAAUUUGUCCAAACCUAUAGCUGUGCAGUAUAAAGAAAAAGAAGAUCGUUAUGUGGACACCUACAAGUAUUUGGAAGAGGAAUAUCGCAAAGGGGCUCGAGAAGAUGAUCCCAUGCCUCCUGUCCAACCUUACCACUAUGGGUCACAUUAUUCAAACAGUGGAACGGUGCUUCACUUCUUGGUUAGGAUGCCUCCUUUUACAAAAAUGUUUUUAGCCUAUCAAGAUCAAAGUUUUGAUAUACCAGACAGGACCUUUCAUUCUACAAAUACAACUUGGCGUCUCUCAUCUUUUGAAUCCAUGACUGAUGUAAAAGAACUAAUCCCAGAGUUUUUCUACUUACCCGAGUUCUUGGUUAACCGAGAAGGUUUUGAUUUUGGUGUCCGCCAGAAUGGUGAACGAGUUAAUCAUGUCAACCUUCCCCCAUGGGCUCGUAAUGAUCCUCGUCUUUUUAUCCUCAUACAUAGACAGGCUCUGGAGUCUGACCAUGUGUCCCAGAACAUUUGUCAGUGGAUUGAUUUAGUAUUUGGGUAUAAACAAAAGGGCAAGUCUUCUGUUCAAGCCAUCAAUGUAUUCCAUCCAGCUACAUACUUUGGAAUGGAUGUGUCAGCAGUUGAAGAUCCAGUUCAGAGAAGAGCUCUAGAAACCAUGAUAAAAACCUACGGUCAGACCCCUCGACAAUUGUUCCACACAGCACAUGCAAGCAGGCCUGGAUCCAAACUUAGCAUCGAAGCAGAACUCCCUGCUGCUGUGGGGUUGUUUGUACAGCUUGCUUUCAGGGAAACCCGAGAACCUGUCAAAGAAGUUAUCUAUCCAAGUCCACUAUCAUGGAUAAAAGGCUUAAAAUGGGGUGAAUAUGUAGGUUCCCCAAGUGCUCCUGUACCUGUUGUCUGCUUCAGCCAGCCACACGGAGAGAGAUUUGGUUCCCUUCAGGCUCUGCCCACCAAAGCUAUCUGUGGUUUGUCCCAAAAAUUCUGCCUUUUGAUGAUAUACAGCAAAGAACAAGGUGUGAGAAGCAUGAACAGUACUGACAUUCAGUGGUCUGCCAUUUUGAGCUGGGGUUAUGCAGAUAACAUUUUAAGACUGAAGAGCAAACAAAGUGAGCCUCCAGUGAACUUCAUACAGAGCUCUCAACAGCACCAAGUAACUAGUUGUGCUUGGGUACCAGACAGUUGCCAACUAUUUACUGGGAGCAAAUGUGGUGUCAUCACAGUCUACAUGAAUCGAUUCACAAGCAGUACGCCAUCAGAGAUAGAAAUGGAGUCUCAGAUACAUCUCUAUGGCCACACAGAAGAGAUAACCAGCUUAUUCGUUUGUAAACCAUACAGUAUAAUGAUAAGUGUAAGCAAAGAUGGAACCUGCAUCAUAUGGGAUUUGAACAGGUUGUGCUAUGUACAAAGUUUGGCUGGACAUAAGAGUCCCGUAACAGCUGUCUCUGCUAGUGAAACCACAGGUGAUAUUGCUACUGUUUGUGACUCGGUUGGGGGAGGUAGUGAUCUCAGACUUUGGACGGUAAAUGGUGAUCUUGUUGGACACGUCCACUGCAGAGAAAUCAUUUGUUCUGUUGCUUUCUCUAACCAGCCUGAGGGCAUAUCUAUCAAUGUAAUCGCAGGAGGACUAGAAAAUGGAAUUGUAAGGUUAUGGAGCACAUGGGAUUUAAAGCCUGUUCGAGAAAUUACAUUUCCUAAAUCAGAUAAACCUAUUGUCAGCCUUACAUUUUCCUGUGAUGGCCAUCAUUUAUACACAGCAAAUAGUGAUGGAACUGUGAUUGCCUGGUGUCGCAAGGACCAGCAACGCUUGAAACAACCCAUGUUCUACUCAUUCCUUAGUAGCUAUGCAGCAGGCUGAAUGUGAGAAAACUCUUGAGUUCUUUAAAGCACUUUAAGUACAAAUUAGAUUAAUUCAUCUUACUGACUUGAGCAGACUGAACCCAAACAAAUGGGUGACUAGAACAAAAAGUCUAAAUGAUUAUUAAAUCUACAUAUGUCUUCACCAAAUUAUGAAUCAUCAUAGUCAUGAAAGGAGAUAUUUGUUCUUAAGUGUGUAGUUAUAUCCAGAGAGUUGUAUCAAAAUGCUCUAAUGAGUUUCAGAUGCUGCAUCAUAAAUCACAAUUGUAUUUUUAAACUUUUUUUAAAAGGCUUUCCCAAAAAUACUAGGUUCCUUUUUUUUCUUUUCUUCCUGAAAGUGCCAAUAACAUUUAAAUUAACUACAUAUUUAUAAUGUGAUUGUCACAGUGUGUAUAGUAUUAGAACAGUUACCUACUCUGGGAUAACAACCCGAAAUAUAAUAAAUUCAGGGCUCAACUAUUGCUUUCUUUGAGAAGCAAAUUAUUCAGUAGGUGCCUUUUGCACCAAGCAUUUUAUAGAAUAUCUGAAUACUCAAAUUGAAGUACUCCUAAAUCUCACUGUUAGGUAGUUUUUGCCACUUGCCUUUUUAGCUUGAGGUAGAACUAGGAUCUUUCAACAGCCACAAACAGGAAUUCUGGUAUCUUAACAUAGGUGCAUCAUGUUCCUUCAUAAAGUAAUAUUCAAAAUAUAUAACACUGGCUUUUGCAUAAUAUCCCUGGCUGGCAGCUUAAAGUUCAGCUAUGUGCAAAAUUACAUUUUUAAUACCUAAAAAGCAAAGAACAUAAAUUAUUUAAUAAUUUGGAAUGAGAACCCUACUCUGUGCAGAAAGUUUGAAUAGAUGUUAAUGAUACAAUUCAUAUAGGGAACUUAUUCUAUAAAAAUGGAAUUUUUCAAAAACAACAUUGUAAAAGAGUAGAAGAAGUCUUUGUCAUUUUCUUAAAUAAGAGGCAAAAGUAUAGAAUUCUUAAAGGGAACAUUAUAUAUUCUAUUUCUGUUAAGUUGACCUUACCCAAGAUUUCUACCACUUACCAUCUAGAGUGUUAAAGAGCAUCCCCAGCUGCUUUGACAAUGAACAACUGCCUUGUCUUACUUAGAAAGAAAGAAUGAUCUAAGUUCUUUUGUCUAUUUCUCUUCACUAGGAAAAGAUUUAAUAACUUAAAGAUGUAUCCCAGCAACCUUACACACUUUGGAGACCAAGCCCUAAAAAUCUUAGACUAUUCUAUCUCCACCAUCAAAUUAUAAUUCUAUUUUUACUUACAUGAAGUGCUGUUUUAUUGGUUUUGAAACCAGUGUACAGUAAGUUCAGUACUCUGUUACCAUGUGAUAAAGAUAUGCAUUCCUGCCCAUAAAUAACUUGUACAUUUGUUAUGAAAAGUUUGUAUGGUGUUAUGUUUACAAAAUUUCUUUUGUGAUUUCCAGACUUAAACAUUCUGCUUAAAGACGUAUGUAAAAUAUACUUCCUUAUUCUCUGCCUUGAAAAAAAAUUAUAAUAUGUGUGUAUAUAUGUAUAUGUCUAUAUAUACAUAUAUAUGCUUGCUAGUGAGAUAAGAAAAUGGCUACAUAUGCAUUUAUUUUAAACAACACAUACUUGUAAGUAUAUUAAAUAAGCUAAUACAGCCUAAAUGUUACCUUUGAGGUCCAAAUGCAGCAGAGACGAGGUUAUUCCAAUUCAUGUUGAAGUGACGUGCUUUGUUUAAAAAUUAUAAAUAUUGUCUGGCUCCCUUUUUUGACUGAGGACUAUGAGUUACUCCCCUACUAGGAAUAGGGCUAGUGCUCAGUUUUAUUUUUUAAGAAAAUUGCCUAACAAAAAUAUAUGCAAAAUAACUGGUCUUCAUAAGAGUGCAAUAUUAUAUUUUUAUGUAAAAACAUAAAUUAAUCUUUGGGAUGACUAUUUAUUCAGCAUGGAAUUUGUUAGCAAUGUUCAAAAUACUUCAUAAUAACAUGUGCAUGUUGUAGCAAAAAAAUUUUUGUAAAUAACCAUAUGCUCUAUUGUCUUUGUAUACACUGCCACCUCUAUUGGAGAAUAAAUUUGAUUUA